AUGUCAUUGUUGUUUUAUCACGAUCCCUCUUUUCUCAUUUUCGUAGCGGUACUUCUCAUUUGACAGCUCACAACAUUUCACAUCUGGAAAGUUUUUGCGCUUUGGCAAAUAGUUCAAAAUGUUUUCGUUAACACGUACCGUAUCAAACGCCGCAAAAACUGCUGUGCGCUGCAAGCAUGAUUUGCCCAAGUUGCCCUACGAUUAUGCAGCUUUGGAGCCAAUCAUUUGCCGUGAAAUUAUGGAAUUGCACCAUCAGAAACAUCACCAAACUUAUGUGAACAAUUUGAACGCUGCCGAGGAGCAACUUGCCGAGGCACAACAGAAGAAAGAUGUCACCAAAAUCAUUUCACUUGCUCCCGCAUUGCGUUUCAAUGGUGGCGGUCACAUUAAUCACUCGAUUUUCUGGCAUAACUUGUCGCCCGAAAAGUCACAACCAUCCAAUGAUUUGAAGUGUGCCAUUGAAGCACAAUUCGGCAGCUUGGAAGCAAUGAAGAAGGAGUUGUCAACAUUAACUAUUGCCGUGCAAGGUUCAGGCUGGGGUUGGUUGGGUUAUAACAAGAAAACAAACCAACUGCAAUUGGCUGCUUUGCCCAACCAGGAUCCAUUAGAGGCUAGCACAGGUCUGGUGCCCCUCUUCGGUAUUGAUGUCUGGGAACAUGCCUAUUACUUGCAAUACAAAAAUGUGCGCCCAUCAUACGUUGAAGCUAUCUGGGAUAUUGCCAACUGGAAGGAUAUCUCCAAUCGUUUUGCUGCUGCUGCCAAGAAGUAGAGAGUAAUGAAAUAUGUUUAGUUAUCACAAGCGUUUAUAUGUGUAUACUGUCAAUGGUUUUGUCGUUUAAGCUUUAAAUGUUUUGUGGCAAAUUACUUAUAAAAUAAGUGUCCCAAAGCAGUUGUGAAGAGAAUUGAUUAGUUCGGAACAUACUCACUGUCAAACGCUUUUUUUAGUUUCUGCACUGUUAAUAUCUAAUAUUAGUGUGCCGCAAAAUAGAUCUACCCAUUUAGAAAAUAUGAAUAAAUAAAUAUCCGAAUACAUACAAACGUAGAUAA